UAUGCAGCAAGGCUCCGCGAAGAAAAACAAUCCGUUGUAAUCUUUCGGACAGCAAGAUGGAAAACAGAACGUCGUGCCUCCCCUUGAAAUCCUCUCCUCGCAACCCCCACUAGCCAACCCAGUCUCUACCCCUCAUUGGCUUACACACGUCAAAAACUCCCUUCCAACACCCACCACACGGCGCAAAUUAUGGCCUCUACAGACGCUGACGGCGCCUCCUACGAGGCUCAACAUGUGCACUCUGUCUACGAGGAGAUCGCAUCGCACUUCUCCUCUACGCGCUACAAGCCAUGGCCGAUAGUCGAGAGGUUUCUCAAAGAGCUGCCCGAUGGGGCGGUGGGUGCAGAUGUGGGGUGUGGGAACGGGAAGUACCUGGCGGUGAAUAAGAAGGUGUUUUUGGUGGGGAGUGAUCGAUCAACAAAUCUCGUCAAAAUCGCCCGCCAGCACGAACCGCAUGACAGCGUCGUGGCGGAUAACUUGUCCCUCCCACAUCCACGUGGGGUGUUCGACUUUGCUAUCUCAAUUGCAGUCAUUCAUCACUUGUCUACGCCCGCACGGCGGGUAGAAGCUGUGCGGUGUAUCUUGGAAGUUUUGCGGCCGUCGAGUCCUUUACUGCAAGAUGGGGGGAGGGCAUUGAUCUAUGUGUGGGCGCUUGAGCAGAAAGAUAGUCGCAGGGGGUGGGAUGAGGGGCAUGAGCAGGAUGUUAUGGUACCGUGGGUUUUGAAAGGGAAGAAAGAGAAGGGACCGAGGCGGAAGAAGGAAGAAGGGCCUGGGCGCGGAGAGGACGGAGAAGGGCAAGGAGAAGGUCAGCGGGAGAAGGAAGCAGGAGGCGACAAGACGUAUCUGAGAUACUAUCAUCUGUAUAGGAAGGGCGAAUUGGAGCGGGAUGUUGAAGAAGCUGGGGGCAUCGUAGUGGAGUGUGGGUACGAGAAGGAUAAUUGGUGGGCGAUCACCAGACUCAAGUGAGCAAGUGUAGAACGAAACCCUCAUCUUGAAAAUACGC